CUUGGCUCUAGCUCCGCCAACUGCUUAGUGUGCCGGACGACGUGAACGUGAUUUUUGAGCGGUACUCGGACAGUGCCGGCAACUAUGUGCACCUGGACAGCCAGAACCCGGCCGUUUACAAACAACUCUACCGGGCAGCCAAAGCGAAACUCAAGCUGCGAAUCAAGGCCACUACUGCCGAUGAGAUUGCUUCCCAACCCCCUAUGGAGGAAGGAUCGUCUGAACAGCAGACUGCCUCUCGAUAUAGCUACCUAGAAACUGUCUUGGGUUCCCCCCUCCCUGAAUCUCAGGCUGAAGUUGUGCCUACUACGGCGUCCGCAUCAGCCACCGACCUGGUUGACAAUGUGGCUUGUCCCAUCCCAGCAGAGACUCAAUCUGCUCACUGGGAGACUAAGCCUUCUCCACCACCGAACUUCCGUGACUUCGUGUUCGACGGUUCCCACUUCCCGGUCGUGUCCCAUGCCUCUCCCAGCGGAGUAUUCUGCAUCGAUUGCAAUCGCUGUGGUUUGUCCAUUCCGAACGAACACUAUCACUGCAGCAUUUGCGAUAACGGGGAUUAUGAUCUCUGCCCUCAAUGCGUGAACAGCGGAGCGACCUGUCUCAAUGAAGAGCACUGGUUGAUUAGACGGGUCGUCAAAGACGGCCAAGUCACCAACAGUACCACCGAGACGAUUCCUCCCCGCAAGGUCGCAAUUGAGGACGCCAAAGAGGCGCCUACGGUGUCGACUCCCGAACCAGUCCGCGAGCCCUCUCCCAAACCCGCCCCAGCUUCGGCUCCACCUUCAGCUCCGGCCGCGCCAGAGCCCAAUAGUCUGCGUAUCUGUAAUGACUGUCUCAAAGAACAUGAAGAGAGCAAGAUGGUCUCGUGUGCUGACUGUGAUGACUACGAUCUCUGUAUCACCUGCCUCCUCAAGGACUCGCAUGGUCAUCAUCCCGCCCACACAUUCGCUCUGGUUGAGGACCGCCAGUUCGCUUUGAAGAGUAUCGUCCAGUCGCGUUGCAACCCAGGGCGUCAUCAUCACCAUGCGGCAAUCUGUGAUGGAUGCGAGAAGCGUAUCGUUGGUGUCCGCCACAAGUGCUUGACCUGCCCGGACUGGGACUACUGCACCGAAUGCUACGAGAAGGUCCCUCAGCAACACCCCGGUCAUCGGUUCGCACCCCUUUAUGAUACGAUCGCUGAGCCUUUGAUCAACCACGAGGUGCACUACGGUAUCUACUGUGACGGUCCUCUGUGUCGGACCAAGUCCUGUCCCACAUUCAUCACUGGUACUAGGUACAAGUGUUCCGUGUGCCAUGAUACCGAUUUCUGCGCCAGUUGCGAGGUUCACCCGACAAACACGCAUAAUCGAACCCACCCAUUGCUCAUGCUCAAGACCCCCGUGCGCGACGUCCGGGUCAGCACCUUCGAUAGAUCCGAGCAAGGCGUGACCAUGAUCGGUGACCGCCUGGAAAAGUCUCUCUCAACUGAAUCCGCCACUCUUGGUGAACCUGAGCAGACGGUCCAGGAAGCGUCCGAAGCAGCCAAAGAGGCCGUUGAGGAGCCGGCUCCCGUGGAGCAAGCCAGCCCUACUGUGGACACGACCCCAGCCCCAGCUGAACAGACUGAACAGAACCUAGCUGUGGACCCCGCCUCUGGGUACCAAGCUUUCUUCAUUCGUGACACAAUCCCCGAUGACACGGCCAUGGCUCCCAACACUCCUUUCCAGCAAACAUGGACACUCUUCAACCCGGGUCCUUUGGCGUGGCCUGCCGGGACGGAUGUGCAGUUUGUAGGUGGCGAUUCAAUGUUCAAUGUGGACACCAACCACCCAUUGAGCCUCAACUCCAUCGCCGCCGCCAUGGAGAGCAACAAGUUGAGCCAGCCUUUGGAGCCCGGUCAGAGUGCCGACUUCACGGUGACCCUCAAGACACCUAGCCGUCUAGGCACUGCCAUUUCCUAUUGGCGACUCAAGCUUCCUAGCGGCAUGCCAUUUGGCCACCGUUUGUGGUGUGAUAUUCAAGUGCGCAACGUGAACCCGGUGGCUGAGACCCCCUCGCCGUCCGAGGAUGUCCAAGCGGCACCCGCUGUGGAAGCUGAUCAGCCUGAGCCUACGGGUAGUCAGAUGAUCUUUCCCAAGUUGGAGAAGGAGUCUCCGGAGUCGAGCACGCACGAAGCUGCAAUUACGGCACCCUCGGUGUCCUACCGCUCGGAGCAGGAUGUUCUGGAUGACAUGGACAGUCUGACCUUGGAUGAUGAGACGGACGUUGGUCUCUUGACAGACGAGGAGUACGACAUCCUGGAUGCCAGUGAUCAAGAGUACCUUGAGGCCAAGUCCCAGCAUUAGUGGAGUGGCUUGGUUCACGACAGGGACUCUUCAUAGCACGGACUUUCUGGGUUGUGGAUGGAGUUACUUAGCGAUGACAGAAAGUGGGGACAGUGCUUCUGGGGUGCUUUUUGGGUUUUAUGUUUCUAUUUCCUUGCUUUCUCUUCUGACGUAGCUAAAUCCGGGGCUCUG